AGUCUCCGUUUGACCACAAGGGGGCGAUGUGGAUUUUUGCGGCGCUAGUUUUUCCAGCACAGAGGAAGUGGAGCAGCAUCGUAAACAUGGCUGACAGUGGAGUGACAGAUGGACCUGAGAAGAAAAAUGACAUUGAACGUGCAAAGAAUGAAGGCAAAGAUCUGAGCAAAGAGGAGAAGCAACGGCUGAGAAAAGAGAAGAAACACCAGAAGAAAAGCAAAGAGAAAAAGGAUGAGAAGGCUCCACAAGAGAGUGAGAAAGAAAAGAAGCCUGUCAGCUCAGCUGCUCCAGCACCUCAGUCUACAACACAACAUACAACACACAAAGCUCCUUCAGCAGUGCCUGCUCCUGCACCACUUCCCGUGCCUGCCUCAGAAUCACCUGUCCCAGCUGAUAAGCCCGCAAAGAGUAAAGCAGAGCUGAAGGCUGAGAGAAGAGCUCGGCAAGAGGCUGAGAGGGCCUCCAAGCAGAACAAGAAGGGAGAAGUGGGCCAGCAGGUAGCCACGGGCAAAACCAAAGCCCCACAGAGUGAGCUGCAGCCAGUGGUAAAGAGGCUACCAGAACAUAUCCAAGCGGACAACCCAGAUGUUUUGAAGAAACUGGCCAAGAAGCUGGAAAGACAGCAGACACCAGGGUACAAUGCUACUACAAAGGCCAAGAUUCCACUCCGGUCAGACUACGGCCGUAAAGUCAGCCUGUUUUCCCAUCUUCACCAGUACAGUCGGAAAGCUCCCCUAACACAGCAGCUCAGCAUUCCCUCCACAGUAAUUCACCCUGCUAUCGUCCGACUGGGCCUCCAGUAUUCACACGGUAUAGUGGCAGGAUCCAACGCUCGCUCUGUGGCUCUGCUCCAUGCCUUCAAACAGGUCAUAAGGGAUUAUUCUACACCUCCAAAUGAGGAGCUUUCUAGGGACUUGGUAAACAAGCUGAAACCUUAUAUCAGCUUCUUAAAUCAGUGUCGCCCUCUCUCAGCCAGCAUGGGUAACGCAAUAAAAUACAUCAAGAAAGAGAUCUCUAAUAUUCCUAGUCAUUGCAAGGAAGAAGAGGCAAAGAGCAAACUGGUGAACUGCAUUGAGUGCUACAUUAAUGAGAAAAUCAUUCUUGCUGCUAAAGCUAUUGCCAAGUACUCCAUAGAGAAGAUCAGCGAUGGAGAUGUCAUCUUAAUUUACGGAUGCUCAUCACUGGUCAAUCACAUUCUGUGUGAAGCUUUGGAGAAAAGAAGGAAGUUCCGUGUGAUCGUGGUAGACAGCAGACCUCGGCUAGAGGGCAGGGAGGCCCUGAGGCGCCUGGUUCAGAGAGGCAUCAGCUGCACCUAUGUCCUUAUCUCAGCUGUUCCCUACAUCCUUCCAGAAGUAUCAAAGGUUUUCCUUGGUGCUCACGCUCUGUUGGCCAACGGCUACGUCAUGUCCCGUGUGGGGACAUCACAGAUAGCUCUGGUGGCCAAAGCCUUUAACGUGCCUGUGUUGGUGUGUUGUGAGACCUACAAGUUUUGCGAGAGGGUGCAGACAGAUUCCUUUGUGUCCAAUGAACUAGAUGAUCCUGAUGACCUCAUUGUGACCCGUAAAGGGAAGACUCACUUGGAGGACUGGCAGCAGGUGGACUCUCUCGGCCUGCUCAACCUGGUGUAUGAUGUGACGCCGCCUGAUUUUGUGGACCUGGUCAUCACAGAUUUGGGGAUGAUCCCGUGCACCUCGGUCCCUGUGGUGCUGCGAGUCAAAAGUGUGGACCAGUAAACGACCUACAGCUCACAUCAGUCAGAGCCAAGAGGCUGCAACUCAUUGUUUUGGAGGAGCUUGUGUGCAAACGUGCUCGCACACAUUACAAAAUAUCGUGCUUUUAGCAUGCAAUAAAUAUAUAUCUGAAGUGAAGUAAGCUUUUUAAA